AGAAAAACCCAAUGUAACAAGGUUAAAAUGAAGCCUCUUCUCUUACAAAAGCAGAAGCACGCCAACAUUUAACAAACAAACGCAAUCAAAACCCUUUCCCUAACUCUCUCGUCCCCUUCUUUUCUCUGUUUCUCACUUUUGCUGUCUCGGCCUCUCCGUAUUUCUCUUUUAGCGAAUUCCGAUGGAAGACGAGGAUGAGUUCGGAGAUCUGUACACGGACGUUCUCAAGCCUUUCUCAUCAACUUCCACGACAUCAUCGGCGACGGCGUCCGCUGCUCCGCAACACCACCAGCCUUCCCCGACGCCCGCAAAUGUCCACCGUCCGAUCGAUCUCAACGUUCAAUCCCAAGAGGAUGACAUCUCCCUCUUCGGAGGUUCACGUCAAAUUCCCGCUACCCAAACCCUAGCUCCUUUUAAAUCUCCUUCUCUUCCUCCAGCUGCUGCUGCUGUUGUUCCGGAUUCGAUCCCUAGACGCGAUUCAGCUCCCAAACCAAUGGUUCUGGAUUCUAAACAAGAAGCAAACGAUGGCAAAGACGUUAAAUUUGAUAUUGAAGAGGGGGGUAGUAAUGGAAUUGAGGAUGUCGGCUCAGAUGACCCGAUAAUCCCGGGUCUAACCGAAUCGGUUUGCCAGGAAGAUUCUGUAAGGAACAAUAACGGAAACGAUAACGGAAUUCGAGAGGGUGAAGCGGAAGCCGAAGGAGAAGGGGAUGAUUGGGAUAGUGACAGUGAAGAUGAUCUACAGAUAGUGUUAAACGACAACAACCACGGCCCGAUGGCUAUGGAAAGAGGAGGAAUGAUGGGGGAAGACGACGACGAAGAUGGGGACGCACUCGUGAUAGUGGCUGAUGGAGAUGCAAACCAAGGGGUGGAGGAGCAGGAAUGGGGAGAAGAAGGAGGGCAGGUGGCUGAUGGGGAGAGGAAAGAAGGCGGAGAAGCAGGGAAGGUUGGCGGUGGAGCCAGCGGAGGAGGAAGUGUGGUUCCGCCAAAAGUUGGGUACAGCAAUCAUGGGUACCAUCCGUUUCAUUCUCAGUUUAAGUACGUAAGACCUGGUGCAGCACCAAUGCCUGGAGCCACUACAGGUGGUCCUGGAGGAGCUCCGGGUCAGGUUCGUCCACUCAUGGGUGCUAUGUCUGGUCGUGGUAGAGGUGAUUGGAGGCCACCUGGAAUGAAAGCUGCUCCUCCCAUGCAAAAAGGUUUCCAUACUAGUUUUGGAAUGCCUGGUUGGGGUAACAAUAUGGCGGGGCGAGGUUUUGGUGGUGGGCUGGAAUUCACGCUUCCUUCUCACAAGACUAUAUUUGAUGUUGACAUUGAUAGUUUUGAGGAAAAGCCGUGGAAAUAUCCUGGUGUAGAUCUCUCUGACUUCUUCAACUUUGGUCUUAAUGAGGAGAGCUGGAAAGAUUAUUGCAAACAACUGGAACAACACCGCUUGGAGACGACCAUGCAAAGCAAAAUUCGUGUUUAUGAAAGUGGGCGAACAGAGCAGGAUUAUGAUCCGGAUUUGCCUCCAGAAUUGGCAGCAGCAACUGGGCAAGAGGUUCCAGCAGAUGCUGCUAAUCUUGCAAAGUCAGAUGGUGGACAACAUGACGUGACAAAAGGAACUGCUCGAGUGCGACCACCAGUACCAACUGGGAGAGCAAUACAGGUGGAGGGUGGUUAUGGUGAACGCCUCCCAUCCAUUGAUACUCGGCCACCUCGUAUCCGUGAUUCAGAUGCAAUUAUUGAGAUUGUCUGUCAGGACACUUUAGACGAUGAUUCCUCCAUAGGCAAUGUUGUUGUAGACCAAACAGAAAAUGAUCUGCCAAGAGGGGAUCUUAGAGGAGAUCUUGCAUCUGAAGCUGAUGUUGCACGUGAAGAUGCUGAAUAUUUUGAUGGUUUUCCAGAUGCUUAUAAUAGUCAAAAGAGGGAGGUAGUUGGAAGGAGGACUCUGAACUCUGUUCAGAGUAAUGAGCCUGAAGAUGGGAUUUUGCCCUUCCCUGCAGAAGCAUCACUUCCAUAUGGUCCUGGAUCUAGGGGUCAGAGUCCUAUGUAUUCUAGUGGAAACUUUAGUAGCCCUCGUGAUGAAAGGCAUCAACAGGGAAGAGCACACGAGAGAUCCCCUCGCAUGACACCUAUUCAAGGUAGACGUGAGAAGUUCAGUGAUGCCCAGAAGGAAGAAUCUGUUGAAAGCAUGGAUGCUAAAUCUCCUGAUGCCAGGGAGAUAAGUGUGGAGCGUAAAGAUGAUGUUGAUGAUGAGCUUGACCCGGCCGAUGGAAACCCUGUUACAGAAAAGGAUGAACAGAUAAAUGAGACCCAUGAAGUUGAGAAUUCUCCUAAUCCCAUGAAAAAUGAAAAAAGAAGUUCCCAUGGGGAGCAACGGAUGCUUCAAGAACUUGAUGAUGAUGAGGAUUCUAGGGCUGCAAGAAGUAGUGAAAACAGCAAAGCAAGAUCUGGCAGCAGCAGAGAUUAUCAGAAGUGGCGAGAUGGUGCUGAAGAGGAAGUUGUUCAAGGUGGACGUUUGUCCCGCAUGGGAAUUGUCAAGAAGCAUCUUGAUGAACAUGAUCAGAAUUUCCGGAGAAAAGAUCGAGAGGGGAGACAUGAGAUUGAAAGAAAUCGCAUGGUAGGUAAACCAGGGGAGGAUUCUUAUCCUCUUAGGGACUUUGAUGCUAGCUUGUCACAUAAUUUGCACACUAAAGCAGAGGGUUUUGAUAGGCGAAGGGAGCGUGACAACCCUGAUGGUACUUGGCAACGGAGAGAAGAUGAUCUUUACAAUAGAAAAAGUAGAACUGAGGACUUAAGGAAGAGAGAGCGUGAUGAUGAAAUGGGUUCUAGGAACAGGGCUAAGAUUCGAGAAAGUGAGAGGAGUGACAAAGAUGAUUAUCCGCAUUCUAGAAAACAGUUGGAUAAUGGCAGUUUUAAAGUUCAUCAUGAUAAGGAUGUCAGUGCUAGACAUAGGGAAAGAGAUGAUAAUUUGAAGAGUAGGUAUGAAGCAGCGGAUGAUUACCAAAGCAAAAGAAGGAAAGAUGAGGAAUAUCUGAGAAGGGACCAUGCAGACAAAGAGGAAAUCUUGCAUGGUCACAGAGAAUCCAGCAGCAGUCGCAGGAAGCGAGAAAGGGAUGAAAUUACAGACCAGCGUAAGAGAAAUGAGCGACCAAGAAUUAGAGACAAUUUUGAUGAACAUCAUUCAGUUCGGCAUAAAGAUGAGGUCUGGUUGCACAGAGAGAGGGUUGAGAGGCAGCGAGAGAGGGAUGAAUGGCAUAGGCUAAAGCAAUCCCAUGAUGAAAGUUUACCAAAACGGGAGAGAGAAGAAGUACGAGGUAUUGUGAGGAGUGGCCGUGGUUCAGAAGACAAAGCAUGGGUUGCCCAUACCAGGGCAAAGGAUGAAUAUAAAGGUUCUGAAAAAGAAUACCAACUCAAAGAGACAGUACGUCACAGUGAACAGGUGAAGAGAAGGGAACGGAAUGAUGAUGAAAGUUUCUCACGCCAUAGAGGGCGUGAAGAUUCUUAUGCACGCGGACACCAAUUUGGCAAUGAGGAGAGAAGAUCCAGGCAGGAAAGGUCAAGCACUCGGAAUGACCAUGCUGCCAAUGCUUCAGAUAGCCAAAGAGGGGAGAAGAAACAUAAAGAAAACACUAGGAAGGAUAGAGAAUCUGAAGGUGGAGAUCCAAUCACUUUGGGUUCUGCCAAGAGAAAUCAAGAAGAUUUAAGUGGUCAGAACAAUGAAACGGGCUUGAAAAGUGGUGAGAAGAACGAGAACCCAGCGCACUAUAACUCUUCCAGAAAACAUAAAGAAGAUGCUUCUUCAGAUGAUGAACAGCAAGAGUCGAAGCGAGGGCGCUCCAAAUUGGAACGUUGGACAAGCCAUAAGGAGAGGGAUUACAGUAUCAACAGCAAGUCAUCGGCUUCCUUGAAGUUCAAGGAGAUUGAGAAGAUUAAUAAUGUGGCAUCUUCAGAAUCAAACAAAAUUCCAGAUGAACGUGGUAAGUCAAUUGAGCCUGCUGAGAACCAUCAUCCUUUAUCCGAAGAUAAAGGUGUUGGUGAGCCAGAGAUCAAGGAUGCUGAUAUAAGACCAUUGGAGGAUCGGCACCUUGACACUGUUGAGAAGCUGAAGAAGCGAAGUGAGAGGUUCAAACUUCCAAUGCCUAGUGAGAAAGAUGCCCUGGCAAUAAAGAAGAUGGAGAGCGAGGCACUACCUUCGGCCAAGAAUGAAACUCCUGCAGAUUCAGAGAUUAAACCGGAGAGGCCGGCCCGAAAACGAAGGUGGAUCAGCAACUAAUAAUGGAAUAAGUAACCUACAUUUUUGCUGUGUUGCAACGUGUACUGGCCCUGAUUAUUCAAUUUAUAGAACCCCAAAGGUCCUGUCAUGCCAUAUAUUUUGAUUUGGCUACUAUAGGGUUCCAGGGAUGGGCAUGUACCAGUGUAGUCGUAGGAUACUGUAACAAUGCGGCUGCCAUGUACUUUUUCUCAGUCCUAUGUGUAUAUACCAGAAAAUGUAACAUUGAACUAGUCACAACGGUGGCACAUAUUCCAUUUAGUGUCAAAUUGAGAUGUGUUGCUCAGAUUAGUUAAUCUGGGCUGUGAUGAAGGUCAAACACAGGAAAAGAAAAUUUGGUAACGGGGUCCUUUCAUCUGGCCUUGUGUAGAAGUUGGCGGCAUCAGAGAUGAGGAACUUGUUUUGAUGCUUACAGUCUUCGGUUCUGAUAGCUUUGGUGUUUGAAGAAAAAUUCGUUCAAACCGGUGAGAGCGUUUGAGGUACCUUUGCAAUGGUUAGAGAAGAUACCUUGAAGAAGGUGGCAUGGGUGAAUGGUUGGUAACCAUUAUUUGUAUACCCUAGCUUGAUUAGAGUUUUAUCAAUCUUCUCCUUGUUUUUUCUCA